AUGCCUCUCGAAAUCUCUACCGUCGGUGGAGUAAAUAUCGGUAAAAGCCGUUACGCCGCUCAGAUUCAGGUCGCUCCGAUCAACGGAUCAGCAUCGGCGCUCGCGACAACGGCGUCAAUUCUAAAGUCAUUAACGAAAUAUUCGCCAUCACAACCACGAAAUCAUAAUGAGUGGACUCAUCUAGCUCAUCUCGCGCUCGCUGAUCCGACUCCCUUUAGCGCCGAACCUAUUGAUGCGAUAAUCGGAGCGGACCUCUAUAGCGAAAUGCUUUUCGACAAAGUAAUUAAAGGCGCACCUGGUCAACCAGCUGCGCAAGCAACUAUCUUUGGAUGGAUAUUGUCAGGUCCAAUCUCCGAUCCCUCUCCUCCGGGUCACGUGAUCAGCGUUCGGCAUUGCGCCAAGGAAGUUCCGCGUAAACCGCCGCUCACACCGGAAGAGCAGCAAUGCGAGGAUCAUUUCGCCAACACGCAUUCUCGCGGCCCUGAUGGACGAUAUAUCGUACGGUUGCCGUUUAAGCGUGGCCCUCCGAUCGAAAUUGGCAACUCACGAGCCACCGCGGAAUGGUUACUCAGAGCGCUUCAUCGUCGUCUUUCGGUGCGACCCGAAUUGAAAAUCGAGUACUCACAAUUUUUGUGCGAUUAUGAAUCGUUGAAUCACAUGCACCGGGUGACAGAAGCGAACGACUCAUCGCAAACCGUGUAUGUACCGCAUCACGCCGUUAUUCGGGAUGGCAGCGCGACGACACACCUUAGAGUAGUUUUCAACGCGUCAUGUCAAACUUCCAACGCAACCUCGCUCAACGACCAUCUCCUAGCAGGCCCAAAAUUGCAAGCAGACUUGUCGGCUGUCAUCCUACGUUGGCGGCUAUUUCGGUACAUUUACGCGGCCGAUAUCACAAAAAUGUAUCGGCAGAUUCAAAUCGAUCCGCGAGAUAUCAAUUACCAACGUAUUCUUUGGAGCCCUGAACCCAACAAUCCUGUGCUAACAUUUCGGCUCUCGACCGUCACGUACGGCACCGCAUGCGCUCCUUUUCUAGCUCUGCGCGUGAUACGACAGCUGGUUGCGGACGAAGGCGCCGCGUUUCCACUCGCCGCGUCGGUAUUAUCCGAAAACGUAUACGUGGAUGAUGUCCUGUUCGGCGCCGAUAGCGUGCCGCGCCUAAAGCAGAUUCGCACUCAAGUCUGUUCACUGCUGCGACAAGGCAAGUUCGAACUAAGAAAAUGGUCGAGCAAUUCAGCGGAGCUGCUGGACGAUAUCAGCGUUGAAGAUCACGGCAUCGCGUGCGACAAAACGUUGCAAUCCGACGAAAGCCUAAAGAUCUUGGGCAUCAUCUGGAGUCCAUCCACUGAUGUAUUUCAAUUUAAAGUCUCUUUUGAUUCGGUUCAGUCUACAACCAAACGAUCAAUUCUAUCCACCAUCUCAAAGCUCUUUGACCCUCUAGGGUGGAGCACACCAAUCACAAUCACAGCAAAAAUGUUUAUUCAAACAUUGUGGCAAUCUAAACUUGACUGGGACGAUGUUCUCCCUCCCGAUUUCUUAAUUCAAUGGGAGCGUAUUCAAUUUUCCCUCUCAGAGCUACACGGACUUUCAUUGCCUCGCUGGGUUCAGCACGAAGCUCAAACUGAGCAAUGCGAAUUGCACGGCUUCGCCGACGCAUCCGCGCAAGCAUAUGCUGCUGUGGUCUACCUCAGGCUGGUGUCUAAGUCCGGCGUCGUGACCACUCAGCUGCUUAUCGGGAAAUCUAAAGUCGCGCCGCUGACUCCUCUCAAUUAUGCUAGUAUUUCGACAAAUAUCAAUGAUAAUGAAGUAACAACUGAAGACUUACAAAAAAACGUCAUUGUUGAAGAAAAUCUUUCUGGGGAUAAUCCCUGUUAUUACAAAGACAGUGACAACAAUGAUGAUGCAGUAUUCGACGAUAUCAUUCCUAGUGAUGGAGGAUAUAGUGACGACGAAUACGAAGACAAUUUGAAUCAUGAUAACAAUCUUAUCAUGUUUUAUGAGGCUGGUCUAACAGUAUCAGAUGCAUUACAGAUGAUAGUCGGUUAUUGUUUGUGGUUUACUGUGACUAUAGAAAGAAAAGGAACUCUUAUUACACUCAUAAAAAGAUUAGCAAGACCAAAAUUCGCACAAUGUAAGUUUUAUGAGGCUGGUCUAACAGUAUCAGAUGCAUUACAGAUGAUAGUCGGUUAUUGUUUGUGGUUUACUGUGACUAUAGAAAGAAAAGGAGCUCUUAUUGCAUUCAUAAAAUGA